AUGGCAGGACAGGCGUUUAGAAAGUUUCUCCCUCUCUUUGACCGAGUAUUGGGUGAAAGGAGUGCUGCUGAAACUGUAACCAAAGGAGGCAUUAUGCUUCCAGAAAAAUCUCAAGGAGAAAAAUCUCAAGGAAAAGUACUGCAAGCAGUAGUAGUCGCUGUUGGAUCGGGUUCUAAAGGAAAGGGUGGAGAGAUUCAACCAGUUAGCAUGAAAGUUGGAGAUAAAGUUCUUCUCCCAGAAUAUGGAGGCACCAAAGUAGUUCUAGAUGACAAGGAUUAUUUCCUAUUUAGAGAUGGUGACAUUCUUGGAAAGUACGUAGACUGAAAUAAG